CUCUGCUCGCGCGUCUGAUGCAGAGCCGAGCGUCGUCAUUUAUUCAAGCAUGAGAGGGAAAAAACAGCUCAGUUUCACAUCGUCCUGCCAAUUUCUGGGUCGAUUUGGAAGGCUUUAAAACUACAGCUGGCUCCCAUUGUCAUCUCCAUCAACUAUAAUCAGUUUUAUGGAAUCCCGACCUGCUUUCCUUCAUCCUCCUGGAAAUAAUGAGCCCAAGGCAUGCAGGGAGUCCAAGCCCUCAAGCCAACACAGAAAGAGAAACCUCUCUCCUGGAACAAGGACAAGUCUUGGAGACUCUCAUGGCAUUGAUGUAAAAGCUAAAGAACUGGAGAGAUCCACCUCAAGGGAAUCCACCGGCCAUAUAAAAACACUAAAACACACUGCAUUAGCCACCGUAGCCAUUCCAGCCGCACAUGCAUCGAAAAUACCCACCAUGCACUCAACGACAACCAAUCAGGUCACUGAGGGAAUAGCUAACACACUUGCUACGACUAAAACAGGAUUAAAACCACCAACCAAAAUAGUUUCACCUGAAGUGGAGGUCUUAAGUUUAUCCAGCCAAACUGGACCCACUGGGCCAAAACUGAGCCAUGAGAAAAAGCUGCAAGCGAGUGCGAAAACAUUUCUUAAAAGCAUGCAAAAAACUGCCUCAGCAUCUCAUAUCAUGGGCUCCACAGACUCCCCACAAAAGAUGCUUAAACCGCCCCAGCAUGCAUCUCUCAAAGUGGACAUAACCGAGCGGAAUAGAAGAGUUACAGGCAAAGAAGGACUGCUGUUGCGUUCUCCGAAAGAUAAAAUGAUUGACACAUUAGUGGAGAGCAAACUGCAACUGGGGACGGAAAUGGCAAUGGGGGAGCGUCCUCGGGGACGAGAGAUAAAGAAAGGGAAUGAGAGAGGAGGAGAGGAAAGAGAGGAUGCUGUCCUUCAGGGACACGGUCUUAGAGGAAGUGAUGUCAUCAGGAUUAACUCCAAAGGGUGGGAAGAGACGUUGUCUCCGUCGUCACACCGAGCAACAAACCCCUCUAUCAAACAGCUAAGAGAGCAAGAAGAUAAGACUGACGCAUAUGUCACGACCCAAGAGAGACACGCAGGAAAGAGUCAGAGUCUGUGGGAGAAGAAGGGAAGGGAGGAAGCAGAGAGAGAGGAGAGGAAGAGCGAAGCUGAUACAAUGGCGACUGAGGUCGGGAAGGAUGCUAUAAUGAAUGAAAAGGACUUGAAGGAUGCGGGGACAAUGACAGCUGAAGGUUUCCCAGGCGUCGAAACGAAGGAUGUGGCACUGCAGGCGGAUCUGCAAGCGGUGUACGUUGACGUCGAGGUCCAGGCGGAUGUGGAGGUCUACAGCAGAUCCACAGACACGAGUCCAGUCCACGGUUCUCAACCCCACCAGUUUAACCCUGAGACUGACCUCAAUCCUAAAGUUGGCCUGCACAAUGAGCUCAACCCCGACAGGAGCUCAGACUCUGAUUGGCUGCCACUGGACCCCAAAUCAACAGGAGCCAAGUCUAGAUUUCUAGGUCCACCUUUUUCUAAGUCCUCCAAUAGCCAGAAAUCUCUUCAACACAUCUGUCAAAUAGAGAUUGAGCUUCGUAGCCAGUCUCCUCUAACUCUUGGUUCGGUUCCUCCUCAAGUAACCAUCAGUGAAUUUGACACAACCUGUCAAGUCUCGCCUGGGAUGUCGGAGGACUCUGGGAGAACAGCAGAGGUGGAAGGAGAAAAGGAGGAGAGCGGUGCACCUCAGGAGAUCAUUUGGGAUGAGCAGGGAAUGACGUGGGAAGUCUAUGGAGCGUCAUUGGACAUGGAGUCCCUGGGAUUUGCCAUCCAGAACCACCUGCAGAGCAAGAUCCGAGAACACGAGCGGCGUAUCGGCACGCUCCGGAAGUCCAUAUGCCUCUCCGAACAAUCGUUCGGAAAGGACAGGACGGGAAAGAGAAAGAGGAGCAUCUUCAGAUCGCUGUUUGGCGGAUCAAAGUGCUGCUCGAAACCCAAACAGGAAGUGGAAAAGUGACUCAUUGUUAUGUUAAUGUGUUUUGUAGAUAGUGCGACACUGGUGAAGGUAUAGCAGACCUAAAAAUGUCAAAAAAUAUGUAGGCUUCUAUUACUCGACUUAAGAUCUAGACCAUGUUCAGAAGCUUAAGGUCUUGGAAUUAUUUCUUGCCUAUGGCCUUGUCUCAUAUCGCAAGCUUGUUGUGAACUUAAGGUCUCAUUGCCUACGCUUGUUCUUGACUAUGAAGUGCAUGAGACUGUAGAGUCUUCACUGUAGAGAUGACACUUGUGGUCAAACUGGUGCAGGUUUUGGAAGUCUGGAAUGUUCUUAAAUGUCUCUUAAAGGGAUAGUACAUUCAAAAAUGAACAUUCUAUCAUCAUUUACUCACCUCAUGUCGUUUCAAUCCUCGUAGUUUCUUCUAUGGAGCCCAAAAGAAGAAUGUGUACCAAAAAAAAAAAAAAAAAAAAAAUACAAAAGUCUAUCGCAUGCCCAAAAUGACCCAAAAACAUUUCUUAAAAUAAACUAAUAGAGUUUUGGAUGAAUAUGAUUCAUUUUAAGGGUGAACUAUCCCUUUAAGACUCAUUUCCUGCCCCAUCAAACACCAACUCGUAGAUGCUGUUUUGAUUAAGUGUGUUCACACUGUUGGAGCGGAGGGGAAGUUGUAUCAUUUAAAUAUUAAAAUCGACGUGAAUUGUUCAUUAUCAUGUAAUAUUAUUGAAAGAUUCAUGACACAUUAUUUUUGUACAGGCAAAGUUGUCUAGUGUCUUCGCUCAUGCACAUACACACUUGACUCAGUGUUAAUAUAUUUAUGGUAACAUUUCAAAAUUGUACUUUUUUAAAAUAAAAAAAAAAUUAACUUUUGACUGAGAACUGCUAUGAGAGCAGUUUCUGUAUAACUCUGUUUUUAGGAUCCUUGUAGGUUUUCUCAGAACAGUUAAUGCCAGUCCAGCGGAGAGCAUCCAUCAUGUUUGGUCUCUGUGGUCACUCACUUGCACACCUGAACAGCUUCAGGUUGUUGUUAAUGCUAGUAGACGUUAAUCCCAUUGAAAUAAAUAACUUUUAGUAGGUUUAUCACUGCAGAAAUGCUGUCAGUGUGUGAGCGUCCUUUACAGAUACAUGAUCUUCGGCUGAUAAUCACUUAAAGGAAUAAAAUAAUGUUUGUGAUAUUCUA